AUGGAACAGGACUACUUUCUUGGCUUCUUCUUUACGCUGGACUGCGUGUCCACAGCUUCGCUCAUCUUGGACUUGACAUGGGUUGCAGACACGUUGGUCUCAGAUGACAUGGCAAUGGGUGACAAGGCACGAGGCGGAAGGACAGCGAGACUAGGAGCGUCAGUCGGACGAGUUGUGCGCGUCAUCCGCCUUGUUCGAAUUGUGAAACUGUACAAGGCUGCUUAUGAGAGACUUGGUCGCGAACCCAAAAAGACUCCUAAUCAGCCAGGCGAUGAGACCGUCAUAGAUGAUUGGGACAAUCCAGAGCAAGAGGAAGCGCCAGAGAAGAAGGCGGGAGACGCAGGGGAACGGGGCAGCCCAGCCGAUGACAGACGUGAGGAGCUCAAAGCUGAAGAAAGCCAAAAAGCAUUUAAUUCUCGAUCAGGCGAGAGCGCAGUUGGGCGGAAGCUUGUUGCCCUGACAACCCGCCGCGUCAUCAUUCUCGUACUGGUGAUGUUACUUUGCAUGCCCGCAUUUAUUGUCAACAACUAUCACCCAGAUAUGACAUCAGCAUCCUAUGGUGCUAAUACCGUCUUCGAGAAGUUUGUGCAAAUGCGUUCUGGUGCAAACCGAACACUCUACGAGCAGUCCAUGCUCAAAUACAUGUACUACCACAACUGGUUUUCCGGCAAUGCUCCUUGUGCAAACAAUGAAGCUUGCCCAGCCUUCUUUUUCAGUCAUGCAUUCUGGGUUGGGUUCUCUGGGCGCGACAAGACCUUUGAGCAGCUAAGAGACUUGACGGCGGAGGCCGCUCUACAUAGAGACACCGUCACAGCUUGGGAUUCCUAUGCUUUGAGCAUGUCAGAGAAGAACUUUGUCUAUGUAACAGGUGACCUUCCAUCAGAGGCGCAGGACUUGCUCUCAGGGAACUGGUCCAUUGAGUGCAAGUAUGGCGGCUGGAAUCAUGUUGGCACAUCACUCCUGUCUUCGGCCUAUAAGGACAAGAUAAGCUAUGAAGUGAAGUGCCCAGACGAUUUGCGGCCGCAAGAACGCUUUACCAUCCGACCAACUCUCAUCACGCAGCAUCAGUUCGAAGACUGGCACCUGGCCUUCUUUUUUGAUGCCAGGCCGUUUGUCAAACAAGAGUCCCUCUUCAACAUUAUGCUGACAGCGUUUAUUUGCCUGGUCUUGUGUGGAGCAUCCAUGCAGUUCUCCAAGGAUGCAAAUAAUUUAGUUUUGAGACCUGUGGAGCGGAUGAUUGAAAAGGUCAAUCUGAUCAGAGACAACCCCUUAGCCGCCAUGAAGAUGGCGGAUGAUGAAUUCAAGGGUGAAGAGAUGAAGAAGUUUAGGGACACCAACAACAGGGAGAAACAGCAUGUUUGGCUGGAGAAGUACCAUAUGGGAUGGUUGUCCAAGACAAUUGGGUGGCUUACUUUCAAAGGCCCCAUUCGGGAAGAUGCGAUGAUGGAGACUGCCAUUCUGGAGAAGACAAUCAUAAAGCUCGGGUCUUUGCUGGCUUUGGGCUUCGGGGAGGCUGGCGCACGCAUUGUGGCAGACAACAUGCAGGGCUUGGACUCUGCAGGUGUUAAUGCAAUGGUGCCAGGCAGAAGGGUGGACUGCAUCAUCGGCUCUGCCUGUAUUCGCGACUUUAGCACCGCGACAGAGGUGCUGCAAGGAAAGGUUAUGACAUUUGUCAACCAGAUUGCUGAGAUUGUUCAUGGGCUUGUGUGCGAGUUCCAUGGAGCUCCAAAUAAAAAUAGUGGUGACAGAUUCCUCCUGAUUUGGAGACUUGGGAGCCUGAAUAGCCAGCAGCAGAUGCGCUUGGCUGAUAUGGCAAUGGUGUCAUGCAUUAGGAUUCUGGGCUGUGCGCACAGCAACAGAACUCUUGCUGACUAUCGUACCCACCCAGGACUCAUACAAAGACUGGGCGCGAACUGCAGAGUGAACCUUAGUUUUGGACUUCACCGCGGCUGGGCCAUCGAGGCUCAACCCAUCUCAACCGACGCUGACGAGAAAACAAGACCUGUAGCAUUUUGUAGAAUUGCAUUGCAAUGCAUAGCAUAUAUAGCACUGUACCGUAGUACACUGGUUGUCUUGCAAUGA